AUGCAUAUAUUUUGCUUGCAUCUGGCUUCUAACACGCCGCAGAUGAAUCCAGGGCCGAAUGAACUGGACAACUUGAGUGAACUAUUUAACUUCAUCGACGAAGAACAAAAUGACAUCGGACAGAUCAUGGACGAAUUGGACACCAUUCCUGGCAAUAAAGCUUCCGACAGUCUCGAAAAUGACAAUUCAGGCAACGGAGGAGUUACGAAAAAAGCGCAGUGCUCUGCGUUUUUACCUCUGAGUGAAGGAGACCCGAAGGACCCCCUCCAGCAGCAGCCCUUGGCGCUGGGCUUCUACGUAUCAACAGCACCCACUGGUCAACUGCCCUCCUGGUUCUGGUCCGCGAACCCUCUUGCCGAGUUCAGAGAUCCAGCAACACUUAAAGCUGCUCUUCACAUCAAAACCUCAAUGAAUGACGAGCAAAAUCAUCCACUAGAUUCAAUGCAUACGACAACAGUUCUUCGACAUGUGUUGGAAAGUUACAAUUCGCUGUCCUGGUUAAAUAUUGACCCAUUUUACUCGUUUGACAGAAGUUCCUGCCUGCCGUUCCACAUGGUUGUUCUAGUCAAUUUGUAUCACUGCAUGGAAAAAUUCUCGACUCUAUCUGUUCCCAGCUUAAAGCAUCCCUCGUCAGCCGGCAGUGAAAUUUCACCCAACACCCAAAUCGUCAAGGACAUUUUACAUCAACAGCACUUAAAUCGCGUCUCGAAAAGUUGAUGAACAGUCAACCCUUCCGUUCUUAGAAUGAAUCUCUUGAAUUGAAAUGAGGAAUUCUUUCUGUGCCAAUGAAAUAAUGGCAUUGUUUUAUCUAUCGAAAUUACGUUUCAAGUUAGCUUGUUGAUAAUAUUUUGGAAACUAGUUUUAAUGCCUAUUUGACACACCUAACAGGACAAACUCCGAUCCGUAGAGUUAAUUGCUAUAAUUGAAUUGAGAUACAGAGAAUAUAUUGUAGUAAUAUCAAUGUAAUUUAUUUGUGUUCUUAAUUUUUACCCUA